UGCCCUACUCCAAGAACCCUAGGUAGAGCUCUGUUCUUUGUGGAGAAUGCUGGCGGUGGAAGGCGAUGGGAGCUACGCUGUGGCCGAUCGCCUGGCCAUAGCUCUGGAGCCGGGAUCUCUGUCCAAGCGCGAGGAGGAUUAUGUGACAAUGCGAAGAUUGCUGCUCCACAGGCAAGCGAUGAAUGGGAAGCUCUCGCGCCAGAACUGGGAUUGCAACGGGACUGGAUAUGUAGCGUACAGGAAAUAUAUUUGCGAUGUCAAGCCAAGUGUCGAUCACAGUGAAUGGGCUCCAUCUGAGGGCCGACUCUCGAAAGAUUUAAGCAAGAGUCCUGCUUCAAUCUCGAGUCGCCGAUCAAGCUCUGUGCAAGCAGACGAAUCCGAGCAACCAGCUUACGCCUUUGCUGGAAUGAAGUGCUUGUUUGAUUCUUGCAAAGCAUCGGUGAAUGUUGUUCGAUUUGGUAACCUCAGCUCUGAUCUACUAGCGUUUGGCGCAGCGGAUGGCACACUUACAGUAUGCUCGCUCGAAGGCUCGCCGCGAGUUCUUCAUCUCCUCAGGGGUCAUUCCAAGGAGAUCACAGAUUUCGAUUGGUCUCUCAAUAACAAGUACCUGUGCUCCUCGUCUCUGGACAAAAGCGUCAGGAUCUGGGAUACGAGCGAAGGUCAUUGCAUCCGAGUGAUAUACGACAAAGUGUCCCAACUAUGCAUCCGCUUUCAUCCUGUAAAUAACAACUAUCUAGUCGUCGGAACCGGAACCGGCCAGUUGAAGGUUAUCAACUUCAGUACUGGGCGGCACGUGAGCCAUUUGGACCUUGGAAGACAAAUCACUGCUCUAGAUUUUGAUCCGUCGGGCCGCCUUUUGUUUGCUGGUGAUUCAACCGGAUGCAUCUACAGUAUAGCGGUGGACUCUAUUACUGCCACACUGUCGUACGCACACAAGAAUAACAUGGGUCUUGCGCGUAAGUCCACGACCACGACUGUGCAAUUCAGAAUAUUUUCCCGUCUAGCUGGUGGGCCUGUGUUACUUGCUUCAAAUCAAGAUGGCAGUCUGCGGUUCUUCAGUGUUGCACUGCAAGUGAACGGAUAUCUUACUCUAAGAUGCUCCCUACACUUGCCUCCUCUUGCAAGAAACACAAGAGCAUCUUUCUGCCCUCUGCUAUCACUGGAAAAGGGAGAAUUCAUAGUUACUGGGAGCGAAGACAAGAAUGUGUAUUUUUACGAUUUUACAAGACCAAAGCAUCCCUGUGUUAAUAAGCUACAGGGGCAUGGCGCACCAAUAGUUGGCGUUUCGUGGAACUACGGAGAGAACCUGCUAGCUUCUUCAGAUUGCGAAGGUCUGGUGAUUGUAUGGAAACGGGCUAAGUCCGUAGAUGGUUAGCUUAGUGGUUUUUUCGUUAGCUCGAAUGCAGGAUGCUAGUGGUUUUCCUCGCACUGUCAGUCUUUUAUUUUGUGAGGUGAUUACAGUGUCAAUUGCCGAUGCAUGCUAUCAUGCUUUUGCGGAAUGUACAAGACAGUUUUCCGUUGGUCA